AUGGAUCAAAUGGGUCAGAUGUUGCUUCUCAUGCAACAACAACAACAAAUGAUGGCCUCAAAUAUGCAACAGCAACGACAGAUGAUGGCCACUGUAAUGGGAGUCUUAGCCCAGAAUUUGGGCAUGCCGGAACCCGAAGCACCCGGCUUAGCUACGCCUGCGACCAAUACGAAUAACAUAUAUGAGCAAUUCCAGAGGCAUAGGCCGCCUACUUUUGCCGACACCCACCGUCCAGAGGAAGCAGAAUACUGGCUCAAUAGGGUCACUAAGCUACUGCGGCCUCUCCACUGUUCUGAAGAGGAGAAUGUCGAGCUCGUCUCAUAUCUCUUUGAGAAGGAGGCGGACCUAUGGUGGGAGAGUGUUCUCCGAUCCAUUCCCAAGAACCACAUAUGGACGUGGGAGCAUGAGAGGGAGAAUGAAUUUCUCCGCCUCCAACAAGGGGGGAUGAGCGUCGCUCAAUAUGAGAACCGCUUUACGAAACUCUCUCGCUACGCCUCCGAGAUGAUCGCCAACGAAGCGAUCAAGAUGAGACGAUUCACGGCAAGGUUAAGGAGCGGCAUCUGCUCGAAGAUGUGUUGUACAACCCUCAAGACCUACGUCGAGCUCGUUAAGAUGUCUAUACGGGCGGAACAGGAUGAGAAGCGAGUUGCACGGACCCAUUUACAGUUGGGGCCCUGGAGUAUGAUGGAGGGACCGUCCUCUCCUUUUACCAGGAAGCGUCCUCGCCCGAAUUCACCACCUAGGCUAGCGGUCGCACCGGCUCCUUCUACACGACCUACAAAGAUAUACGGCUAUUGUAGGAGGACCGGCCACUCGGAGCCGUAUUGUUUCACAAGGAUGAGGGACCUCGGCUUCACACCGCCACAGCGCACCAAUAGGCCCCCACAGCAGGCCUUGUAG